AUGACUUGGAUCACAGAUCUUGUCAAUUUAGAAACUGGCAAUGCUCAUCUUGCGGUAACCAGCCGCGAUGAACAAGAAAUACGCACAAGUUUCCGACAUAUGGUCGCGCGAAAUGGAUCCAUUGCUGUGGAGGGCGAGGGUUUAGAUGGAGACAUUGCUGCUUUUGUGAAGGACGAGGUCGCUCGUCUCGAGCGUUGGAAGAAUUUACCGACUAUACAGAUGGAGAUUGAAAACAAGCUUGUUGCAAAAGCUAAUGGAAUGUUCCGGUAUGUUGCUUGCCAGAUUAGGGAGCUCGAGGAUUGCCUUGAGCCUGACGCAUUACGCGAAGCACUACAAAAUCUACCAAAGGAUCUAAAUGAGAUAUACUCAAGGAUCCUUUCACGAAUGCCAAACGGAUACCAAGAGAAAACUAUACGUCUGUUACAGUUCCUUAUCUACAGCCCCAACUCACUGUCCAUUGAGGAGUUGGUUGAUGCUGUCGCUGUAAAAGUGGACAAGCAACCAGCUUUCGAAUCUGCCAAUCGAAUGCCUGAGCCCAUUGAGUUGGCAAAAUACUGUUCUAGUCUCAUAAAGCUCAUCAUAUCAGAUUCGGAAAGCAUCACAAAAGCAAAAGUACGACUCGCUCAUUUCACAGUACAAGAGUAUCUUGUGAAGUACUCGAAUCAUUCGAGUAAAUUCACUGAAACUGCUGCCCGAGCUGACAUGGCUAUUGUAUGCAUGUCUUACUUGCGGGAUAUUGACUACGAUUCUCCCGUUUCUCAACUGACAAUCAGCUUUCCGUUCAUGACGUACAGUUCUAAGAAUUGGAUGUCACAUGCUGCCGCAUCAGAACACGAGAAAGACGUCCUUGGGAAGACGACCGACUUCAUGAGAGAUUGCUCGGAUCUAUGCCAUGAGUACUGGACAUCUAUUUAUGGA